CAGGGAUUCAUUUAUCCACACCUACUAUUCACAGAGUGUGAGAGAGAUACUCGUACACUUGUGUAUACAUAUACAGAGAAAGAGAAACAGUUGUUAGGGAAAGACAAAGUGGUGGGUCUGUUUCUGACAAUUAUCUUCAUUUCCCGCUUCUGCUCUUGUUUGAAUCUCUCUCUUCUUCUUCUUCCACUAAAAACAGAUAGAGAAAGAGAAAGUGCGAGACUUUCUUUCUUCAGAGAUAAGAGAGACAAAGAGAGUGUGGUUGUGAUUUGUCUUCACCGUUGAACAAUGGAUACUCCUCAGAAGAGUAUUACCCAGAUCGAAACUCCAGUUUCCAAAUCCAGAUUCGAGGAUUCACCAGUGUUCAAUUACAUAAACAGUUUGUCUCCAAUAAGACCUGUCAAAUCCAUACCAAAUCCUCACCAGUUUAGCACUCUCAAUUUCACUUCCCCUCCUUCUGUUUUCACCUCACCACACCUAACUUCUUCUCACAAAGAAUCAAGAUUCUUCAAAACUCACCACCCUUCUCCUGAUCCUACCAUUCUUGUUCAAGAAUCUCCAGACGAUUCCAAGUCAAAUGAAGAAGCUGCAGCAGAAGCAGAUGCUACUACAGAAUUCAACAUAGAUGCUUCAACUGAAAUGGAGCAGCCACAAAUCGUCAAGUAUGACGUUAAGGAAACGAAUCUUGAUGAAACGACCGAUCUUUCCCUUGUGCCAUACGCUUCUCCUCCUAGAAAAGAGAAUGGUUCUGCUUCUGAGGAUGCUCCAGGAAUGGAGAUGUAUGACAAUGUUCAGGGAAAAAACGAAACUCCGGAUUGGGAUAGAUUGAUUGCAGAUUCUUCUGAGUUCCUAAUCUUCAGCUCACCUAAUGAUUCGGAGGCUUUUAGAUGCCUUAUGAUGCAGAGAGCAUCACCCUCCCAAGCACCUUCAGUGAUGAUGCCAACAAUGCAGCCUGGUUCAAUAAAUGAACCAGAGUCUUCAAACGCAAGUCCUUAUGGGGCUGUUUCAGUCUUGCACCGUGGUAUAAGAAGACGUUGUCUGGACUUUGAGAUGCCGGGGAAUAAGCAAACGUCCAGUGAGAAUAACACUGCGUCGAGAUGUGUUGUACCGAGUAUUGGUCUUCAUCUAAAUGCCCUUUUAAUGUCUACAAAGGACUGUACAACCAAUAAUACCACUCAUGAUUACUCGUGUUCUGAGAAGUAUCAAGUGGGUCUACAAGGCUCAAGCUCUACACUGCAAGAAACAUUGGACCAAACAGAAACUGAAACCCGGGAAGAUGUUCCCGUUGAACCAACCUUGGAAGAGUUGCAUUUGAGCAGCCCUAAGAAGAAGAGGGUUAAGUUGGAAGCUGGAGAAGGAGAGUCAUGUAAGAGAUGUAACUGCAAAAAGUCCAAGUGCUUGAAACUUUACUGUGAAUGCUUUGCUGCUGGCGUCUAUUGCAUAGAGCCAUGCUCAUGUAUAGACUGCUUCAACAAGCCUAUUCACGAAGAUACCGUCUUGGCUACUCGCAAACAGAUUGAGUCUCGGAACCCACUUGCAUUUGCUCCUAAAGUCAUUAAGAGCUCCGAUUUGGUUCUAGAAACCGGGGAUGAUGCAAGCAAAACUCCAGCUUCUGCACGUCACAAACGUGGCUGCAACUGCAAGAAAUCAAACUGUCUGAAGAAAUACUGUGAAUGCUUCCAGGGUGGUGUGGGCUGUUCCAUAAACUGUAGAUGUGAAGGAUGCAAGAAUGCAUUUGGCCGCAAAGAUGGAUCUGCCAUUGUUGACAUGGAAGCUGAACAAGAGGAGGAAAAUGAAACAUCUGUGAAAAACAGAAGAGCCAAAACCCAAGAGAACAGUGAGGUUUAUUUGAUGAGAAAAGAGGAGAGUUCUGCUUUACCUGCCACACCAAUGUCGGUUUACAGACAACAACUGGUUCAGCUAAAGAACAUGAUGCCUCCUCCACAGUCUGUACUUGGAGUUGGAUCUUCAAGCUCAGGGAUGUUUAACAGUCAAUACACAAGAAAACCGGAAAUGAAGUCAUUGGAGACAGUGGCAGAGGAUGGAGCUGAAGAAAUGCCUGAGAUUCUUAGCCACUCCUCUAUCGAUAACAUCAAUGCUGUCUCUCCCAAUGGUAAGAGGGUCUCUCCUCCUCAUCUGGACUCAUCUAGCUCAGGGAGAAGAAGUGGUGGGAGGAAACUGAUACUGCAAUCCAUUCCAACGUUUCCUUCUCUCACUCCUCAACACUAAAAAAACAUUUUGUGUGUUGUAAGGCUGCACCGUGUAGCUUUGAAAAUUCUUUGAAUCUUUUUUCAAGGUGAGAGAUGAUAGAAGAAGUCAACUUCUAGUUGGUUGUAAGUUAGCAUACAUUGGCAUGUGUAAUAAAGAUGUGAACCCAUCAUGUUCUACAUCACAAAACCAAACAUUUCUUGUAAUAUAUAUAUGCUUCUUUGUCCA